AUGGACGCGCCUGAACCUGACACCCCCUUUGCCGCCGUGAGCGCGCAAACCACCAAGUAUGGCCAGAUCUACCAAGCCUACCUCGACAAGUCGACGCCCUUCAUCACGCAGCGCUGGAUCGGCACCGCCGUGCUCUUCCUGAUUUUCGGCCUGCGCAUCGUGUUUGCGCAGGGCUGGUACAUUGUUGCCUACUCGCUGGGAAUUUACCUCCUGAACCUCUUCCUGGCCUUCAUUUCGCCCAAAUUCGACCCGGCGCUGGAGCAGGAUGAGGGCAUGGAGGACGGCACGGCCGGCGGCCUGCCCACCAAAGAGGAGGACGAGUUCCGCCCGUUCGUGAGGAGGCUGCCUGAGUUCAAGUUCUGGUACUCGGCCACCAAGGCCAUCGCCAUCGGCUUCUUCUGCACCUGGUUCCAGAUGUUCGACCUGCCCGUCUUCUGGCCCGUCCUGGUCGUCUACUGGCUGAUUCUCUUCUGCUUGACGAUGCGGAGGCAAAUCCAGCAUAUGAUCAAGUACCGCUACGUGCCCUUCACGGUCGGCAAGAAGCAGUUCCGCGCCAAAUGA